AUGGCCGUGGUCAGGCUUCAAAAUCCACAUCAUUCAAAACUGCUACUGGAAAAAGCCAAUCAAAUGAGGCACUUUAAGACACUAUGUGAUGUGGUUAUUCAUGUAGAUAAUGAAGAGUUUCAUGUCCAUAGCCUUGUUCUGGCCUGCACUAGUAGGAAGUUUGAAGUCCUUUUUCAAGGAUCCAGCAAGCACUACACAUUGGAUUUCCUUACGUGUAAGACCUUUCAGCAGAUCUUGGAUUAUGCAUACACAGAAAGCCUUGAAGCUCACAUAGAAGAUCUUAGUAGUCUCAUAAUGGCAGCUGAAAUGCUAGAAAUUCAUCACUUAGAAAAGGAAUGCUUAAAGACUUUGCAGUCCAUUAAUUCUUCAUCUGUAAAGAAAAAAGAACAUGAUAUAAAAGAAGACAUUCAGGCAAACCAAGAAGGCAUGAAGUCCAAUGAUGCAACCCCCAAAAAGUAUUAUCUAGGCAAAGAGAGAUUUCCUGAGUUGCCUAUACAAGGAACACUGCUGAGUAGUAAAAAAGAACAUCCUGCAGGUCAUAAUGUUUCCUCAUCAAACCUUGACAUGCCCAGUCAUUCUGAUAUGGAUACCAAUGAAAUUGUGGAACCAUGUGGCUCCACCAUCCAGAGACGAAGCAGCAUUAAUGGCACAUGUGACAAUACCACAAUAAAUGAAAAACUGGCCACUAUUCCCAAAGACAUGCUGAACUCUGAAAGCUCUAUUCAAGAAGAAAUUUCGACUUUAGCUCAUGACUCACAGUUUGAGAGAAGCAAUUCCCAUAUGAUGGGUGAAGAUCAUCUCCAGCCAACAAGAAACAGUGUUAUUACUACAACAAAUCAAUUAUCUCAUGGUCCUAAUAACAGACAUAGAACUUGGCCAGCAGAGGUGCCUUGGGCAAACCAUGGAAUGCUAACAGUAAAGCCCAGGCCAUCUUUUGUUCCUCAUUCAUCACUGGUCAGCUAUCAGAUCGGAGGACUUCACAACUCAGUCUCUUCUUCACUGUCUCUGAUACCACCUUCACAUUUAACCUUAUCAACACCUGUGAGCCUUGAAAGCUAUAUCAGAACAUUACCGCAUAACCUCCUGCCAAGAGCUUAUAGUGUUAGGCCAAAUGGACAUGAUAUACUUGAACAGACUAAAUCCAGUGUUUUUGAAGGCAGAGCAGAAACUGAAACACCAGUAAAGAGCCAAAACCAGAGUGAACAACAUAGGUAA